UUCAGAUGCAUCUGUUCCUUUUCUUCCUUUCAGUUUCAAUAAUCUACUAUCUUACCCGCAUUUCUUCCUCACCUUGUUCUUCAAUCUCAUUUCUACCUCAGAUUUCUACAACUGAAAAUGGAUCUUGUUCUUGAAUCUCCUUUCGGUUAUCUUAAAAAUUUAUCUUCUAAAAUUAGUCAAAAUUGAAGAAUCUCAUUUCUACCUCAGUUUUCUACAAUUGAAAAUGGAUCUUGUUCUUCAAUCUCUUUUCGGUUAUCUUAAAUCUAUCUAAAAUCAAAGUUGAAGAGUUUAAUGUAAUUUUUUUUUUUUCAUUCAGGAUCAAUCAAUUCGAUUUGAGAUGAAGAGUUGUGCAGCCGGUUGAAGAUGUGAACUUUUAGGUUUGAUGUUGUAAUUUACUUUGCCGGACUUAAGGCUGUGGGUGAAACUGUUGUUCAUCCAUUUCGUUAUUUUGAUAAUAAUUUGAUUGGAUUAAUCAAUUUGUACCAAACAAUGGCCAAAUAUAAUUGUAAAAAGGUCAGAUUUCUGGUCAAUGUUACGCACAAUUGUCUAAUUUAUUAUUACUUUUUACAAUUGUCUUCGACCAUGAACUUAAGUUUAAAAGCCCACGUAUGAAAAAAGUCGCGAAUUCGAAUCUCACUUAAAUAUUAAACAACAGGUAUAAAGAGGGUCUACAUACCCAUUUCUUGCCCCAAAUCUUGUAAAAGGUCUUAGAGUCUUGAAGACUCUUUUGAGUUUCAACCAUGAGUUUUUCCUUCGACAUUUUAUACAUGAAGUAUUUGUCAUCCAAUUUGUGGUUUUCCGCUGUCACUUUGUUGAUUGAAUUACUGGUUCAAAUUUUUAAUUUGGAAAUUUGAUGUUGGGCUAUUUAAUUUUCUUAUUGAUUAUUGACCAAGUUCAAUUGCUUUAUUUAUUUUUUAUCAAAAGAAUAUAUUGAUGAAUAUUUCUCUUGGACUUGAUAGAUGAUUUAUUUGAUUAUUAGCUUCAGGAAAUCAAGUAAAUCUACAUCUUGAAAGAGGAUUUUAAAUCGGUGUAACAUAAUUCGCCAGUUAAUUUGCUUUAUGAAUUUAAAAUAUUACCCUAAAAUAUUCUAAAACCAACCAUAAUUCCUUUUUUGGAUUUGCGACUCACAAGAUUAGUGUAUCAUGUGACAUUGUUCUGAACAAUAAUUAGAUUUUGAAGAUUAUAUGAUGCAAUCAUCCAUAUUGUGAAGAUUAUAAUUGUUAAUAAACUCAUGAUUUUUAAUUCUAUGAAGCUGUACGAUUACAAGAUUUUAGUUGUAUGUCCAAUUUUCUUUUGACAUUAUUUGAGCUUUGAUUUGCAUAAUCUAAUUUUUUGAAUCUUUUUGGUGGAAAAUUAGUUUAUUGUCUCCUUUUGUUUUAGAAAUAUUCUAAUGAAAUUUAUUCAUUUUUGUUGAUGCAAAUCCACUAUCAGAAACAAAUGCUGCUUUUGUGGAUCAUUAAUUGGUGCACUUUCUGUUUUUUGAACACUUCUGUGUAUAUUGAUUUGCCUAAUGCUUCUGGUUAAUGUUUGUUUUCCAGAUUAUGCAUUAGUUUCUUCUAUGUAAUAUAAUUACACAUGAGAAUGUAAAUUUGAUUAAAACCAAAUUCUUGGCGUUGAUUUGUUCAUCAGUUGUGUUUUAAAGGAAAUCGGAAAUGGUGCACUUUCUGUUUUUGGAACACUUCUGUGUAUAUUUUAGAUGUUUUUUUUUCUUUCCCAUUACUCCUCCCCAGUGGCGGACCCAGAGGGGUGCAAGGGGGGGCAGUGGACCCCCCAAUCUUAAAAAAUUAAAUCCGUUUUUUUUUUAAAAAAAAAAAAAAAAAAAAAAAUUAAAAAAAAAUUGAAAAGAAGGUUUGGAGGCGGAACCGCGGAAGAAAGAGAAACCCAGAAACAAACCCUAAAUUUCCUCAUUCGGUCAUUCCUGCCUUUUCCUCUUCGUCUUCGGCUCUUCGCUUCAUCGGCAUCGGCAUCGCUCAUCUUCGUCUGACGGUCUGAGCUUCGUCAAUGGUGACUUGGUGAGCUUCUUGACCUUCGUCUUCGCUUAAUCGCUUCGUCUUCGUCUUCGUCUGAGACUCUGAGUGUUCGACUUCGCUUAAUCGCUCAAUCUUCUUCCUGCUCUUCUCCUUGCUGACGAAGUACAGUCCCUCUGUUUCUCCUGCUCUUCUUCCGGCUCUAACCCUCUGUUUAAGUACAGUCCCGUCACCCGUGUCCCGUCGUCUUCCCGAGUUACCAUUGAAGGUAGUCAGCCAGUCAGGUACGCAGUUUCUCACUUUCUCUUAACUUAAUUUUAUUAAUUUUGUUAAUUAUCUUAUUCUUUUGUUGAUUAUUCUCUUAUGAAAAUUCUAAAUUUGGAUUGUUUUGGGUGAAUUGCAACAUAAUUUGUUGUUUUUUCAACAAAAUUAUGACGUUUUUUGCAAUGGCCAAUGGGUAGUGAGAUUAUUGCUGUAUUGCAUUGGAAUUAUGACGUUUUUCAACAUAAUUUGUUGUUGAUUAUUCUCUUAUGAACUGAUUUUUGGUAAGUGAGAUUAUUGCAUUGGAAUUAUAAAAUUUGAUGUGGGUUUAUAAACUGAUUUUUGCAUUGGAAUUAUGAGAUUAUUGCAUUUGGUAAGUGAGAUUAUUGAAUUAUGAGUCAUAUUUUUAAUUUAAUUAGGAAAUGUCAAGUAAUUCAAGUUCACCUUGUUCGAAAAAGUCAAAAGUAAAGGGAAGACAACCCGAUCUUCGUGAAUUAUUGUUUAAAAGAAUGAAAUCCCAACAAACAUCUAACGAAGGCAAUGAAUCUUCUCGUUUAAGUUCCCCUCUAAGUCCUCCUUUAAGUUCCCCUCCAAGUGAAGAUGUUAAUAUGGAAGUAGGUGGUUCAAGUAGUUGUGAUGAACCAUUGGAUGAUGAAUGGGUGUAUGAUGUUGAACUUCUUCCUCAUGACCCGGGAUUGAGGAAAAACAUAAUGGAUUAUCCCCCUAAUGAAAGAAAUCCGGUUAGGAGAGCAUAUAUUCUCAAAAAACCUUGCCAACCAAAAACACAUGAUUUCCCUCAAAGAGAUAUCUCCGGUAGGUUACGCCGUUUUAGUUUGAAUUGGUUCAAAAAAUGGGAUUGGCUUGAAUAUAGUGUUGAAAUGGAUGCCGCAUUUUGUUUUGUUUGUUAUUUGUUCAAGAGGGAUGUUGAAAUUAACAAGGGGGAUGAUGCAUUUGUUGUCGGAGGGUUUAGAGCGUGGAGUAAACCUGAUAGGCUUGAGAAGCAUGUUGGAGGAAUUAAAAGUGCUCAUAAUAUUGCUUAUGAGAAAUAUGUGAAUCUAAGAGAUGCAAAGAAGACAUCAAUUGAAUUUGUAUUUGAUAAUGCGAGUGAGGUUCAAAUGAACGAAUAUCAUAUUCGUUUGAAUGCAUCCUUAACUUGUUUGAGAUUUCUUUUGGGCCAAGGUUUGGCAUUCCGGGGACAUGAUGAAAGUGAGGAGUCAUAUAGUAGAGGUAACUUUCUUGAGCUUUUGAAGUGGUUGGGGGGGAAGGUUGAGGAAAUAGGAAAAUAUACUUUCCAAAAUGCACCCAAAAAUUGUCAAUUAACAUCUCCCAAAAUUCAAAAAGACAUUAUCACUUGUUGUGCAAAAGAGACUACUAAGCGCAUAAUAGAAGAGGUUGGUGAUGGUUACUUUUCUAUUUUGGCCGAUGAAUCAAGUGAUGUGUCUCAAAAAGAACAACUAGCUCUUGUUUUGCGGUUUGUUAAUAGAGAAAAUGGAUCGGUAGUGGAACGCUUUUUAGGCAUUCUACAUGUGGGUGAUACUACCGCUUUGUCUCUUAAAAAUGCCAUUAUGUCCUUGCUUAUGGAACAUUCAUUGAGUCCUUCCAUGAUAAGAGGUCAAGGGUAUGAAGGGGCAAGUAACAUGAGGGGUGAAAUCAAUGGCCUCAAGACUUUGAUUAUGAAUGAUACUCCAAGAGCCUAUUACAUUCAUUGUUUUGCUCAUCAACUUCAACUAACUCUAGUUGCGGUUGCUAAAAAGAAUGUUAAUUGUACUUGGCUUUUUGACGUACUUGCAAACUUGUUAAAUGUGGUGGGAGCUUCUUGUAAGAGAAGAGACCUUAUUCGAAAAAACCAAGCUCAAGUAGUGGCUCAAGCUUUGGAAGUGGGGGAAAUUGAAAGUGGAUCGGGUUUGAAUCAAGAACGUGGUUUGAGUAGGCCGGGAGAUACACGUUGGGGAUCUCAUUACAAGUGUCUAAUAAGUAUCAUCAACUUGUUUCCUUCAAUUGUUAAAGUGCUUGAGGAGAUUGGAGAAAAUGGCUCUCCGGAUGAUAAGCUCAAAGCUCAAGUUGUUUUAGGAUCUUUGGAGUCCUUUGAUUUUAUUUUUAUGGCUCAUUUCAUGUUGACUAUUUUUGGCUACACUAAUGAUUUAUGUGUUGCUUUACAAAGAAAGGAACAAGAUAUUGUGAAUGCCAUUAGCCUUGUUAAAAGUACAACGAAUGUGUUGCAAAAGAUGAGGGAUCAAGGAUGGGAUAGUCUCUUAGACAAAGUCAUUUUAUUUUGUACUAAACACGAGAUUGAUGUUCCAUCUAUGGAUGCUCAAUAUGUACCUCAAGGAAGAUCAAGACGUUUUGCUAAACAAGCAACAAAUCUACAUCAUUUUCGCGUUGACAUUUUUUUGGAAGUAAUUGAUUUGCAUCUUCAAGAGAUUGAUAACCGUUUUAAUGAGAAGAACAUGGAGUUACUUACAUGCAUGGCUUCCCUGAGUCCUAGAGGUAACUUUUCAUCUUUUGAUAAAGAGAGGAUACUUAAACUUGCUUCUUUAUAUCCCGAAGAGUUUUCAUGUUUUGAUUUAACGGCUCUUGAUCUUCAACUUGAUGUCUUCUUGGAUUCUAUGCAAAAUGAUGAAAGAUUUCAUGAUUUGCAAGAUAUCAAUUCUCUUUCCAUGAUGCUUGUUAAAACAAGGAGACAUGAGACUUUUCCUCUUAUACAUUUGCUAAUCAAGUUGAUGUUGAUUCUUCCUGUUGCUACGGCAAGUGUAGAAAGAGUGUUUUCCGCAAUGACGUUUGUCAAAAAUAAGUUGAGAAAUAGCAUGGGUGAUCAACUAGUGAAUGAUUGUUUGGUUACUUACAUUGAGAAGGAAGUGUUUCUACAAGUUUCUGAUGAAAAGAUUAUUGAUCGCUUUAAAAAUAUGAAAACUCGAAGGAUGAAUUUGUAAUUUUUAUUUGAACGCUUGUAUUUUUUUUUUUUUUUUUAAUAUUUUGGAUUGUAAAACUUUUAACAUCGGAUUUGAUAUUGUAAAUUGUAAUUUUCUAUUUUUCUUGUAUUUUUCUAUUUUUCUUUAAAAAAAAAUUAUUC